AUGAAAGCAAUCAAAAUAGUUUUUGACGGGGAAACGGUUGGCGUUUUGCCAGCGUUUAAUGAGGGAGAUACUUUGUCAAACCUUCGCGAUGAAAUUUCAGACGAUUUGGGCCUGAAGAGCUUUGUGUACCUGUAUGAAGACUUGCCAAUUGAAUUAAGCAAGGAAAGCAUUCUUAAAGUCGAAUGCGUUGCAAAACAAGUUAGCGGAGAAAACGAAUGCUUAUCCAUUGAGCUUACUUCUGGCGAUCGACCCCCACAAGGCGACCGCGAUUCAACGAAAUUAAAAACAAAUAUUGGACAAACAAACAUGUUUUUGCGACGUCCAAGUUCUUGGGAAGUACGAGGUAUAAAGAUUUACACAACUCAAGACAUUGAAGUGGCAAAGGGAAUGGAGAAACAAAGACGCCUUUUCUGGAAUGACACGGCGAAAAAGCUGUGCAAAGAAACGAAAAAGUCUAAACAGGAUAUUGCACAAAUUAUUAAUGAGGCCUGGAGGAAAGAGCAAACCGGCUUAUUGAUUGGGGAAAGUAAAGAUUUACUAAAUGCAGCUGAAGACAUGCAUGCAAAAGAGAGUAAAUUGAAGCCCAGCACUCUUUCAAAAAAUGUCCAAAGAAUACGAAACAGCCAGAAUGAAUUAGAAAAAGUCAAUGCCAGUAUAGUUGAAACUCAGAAAAAUAGCCCUGGGCCUGGGGAAGCAAAUCUAAAGAGAAAGCGUGAGCUGGAAGAACUACAUCGCGCUAAAAAAUAUUAUCUUUCUGACAUAAAAAAAGGACAAGACGUCAUGCGAAAAAAUUUAAAACUAAAAAUGUCUGAUGUUAAACACCUUACGGAAUAA